AUGAAAAAUACCCUUAAAAAUAUACAAAAAUGUGAGAUAUUGGGCCCAUUUUCACUUCUUGUCCAAUGCAUUUUGGGGACUUUUGUACUUUUUUCGCUUUUAAUUAAACGACAUUGGGAGUUACCUCAACGAUCUUUUAGAAUAUGGUUCCUUGAUGUUUCAAAGCAAGUUAUUGGCGCUGGUGUAAUUCAUGUUUUAAAUGUAGUCAUUUCUGAUAUUAUUGGAUUUAAUGAAAAGGAAAAAGGCUUUUCUAAUCCCUGUGUAUGGUACCUUUUAAACAUUGUGAUUGAUACAACAGUAGGUGUUCCUAUACUUUGGCUAAUGCUCCGAAUUAUUGGAAAAAUUUGUAAUUUUAUGGGCUGUAUAGGGACUAAAUCAGGUGAUUAUGAUGGUGAUCCACCUCGAAUUACUUGGUGGUGGAAACAAAUGUUUAUAAUAUGGUUUAUAUAUAUUAUUGGCCUUAUAUCUAUGAAGAUUUUAAUUGUUCCUAUUCUUAAGAUACCUAUACUAGAUAGUACAGCGAAUUGGUUGCUUUCUUGGACUAUUAGUCAAGAAAAAUUACAAAUAUUUUUUACUAUGUUUUUUAUUCCUUUAAUAAUGAAUAUAUUACAAUACUGGAUUAUAGAUACUAUUAUAACAAAAAAACAAGGACGUAUUAUUUUGGGAUCUAGAAAAAUGGAUGAUGGACUUUUAAUAACCUCGAAAUAA